AUGACGAUACCAUUCAAAAUACCGAUAUCAGAUUUAGACUAUUGUCUUGAACAACUUUUGGAACAUAAACCGCCAAAGAUAUUACCUCCAGAUACCAUUCAACAACUAUGUCAUACUUUGAAAACCGAGUUGUUAUCAGUACCAAAUAUCAUAUCAAUACAAUCUCCAAUAUCAGUUGUUGGUGAUAUUCAUGGACAGUUUCAUGAUUUAUUGGAAAUUUUUCAAAUUGGUGGAUCUCCACCAAUGACUAAUUACUUAUUCUUGGGGGACUAUGUUGAUCGUGGCUAUUAUUCCGUGGAGACGAUUUCGUUGUUGUUGGUUUUAAAGCUAAGAUAUCCUGAACGAAUAUUUUUAAUCAGAGGAAAUCACGAAUCUCGUACAAUCACCACAAAUUAUGGAUUUUAUACUGAAGUUUUAAAUAAAUAUCAAGGAUCAGCCGAUGUUUGGAAUUAUAUUACUGAUUUAUUUGAUUAUCUUCCCUUGGGAGCUACUAUUGAUGGUAAAAUAUUUGCAUGUCACGGAGGGUUGUCGCCAAGUUGUCAACAAUUGGAUCAAAUUAGAGCAAUCGAUAGAUUUAAAGAAAUACCACAUGAUGGAAUAAUGGCUGAUUUAGUAUGGAGUGACCCCGAUAUUGCUAUUCUGGAUUUCAAGUUGAGCCCUCGUGGAGCAGGAUACUUGUUUGGAAAUGAUGUUAUUGAUAAAUUUUGUAAUGAUAAUAAUUUAGUACAGAUGAUUCGAGCUCAUCAAUUAUGUAAUGAAGGUUAUACUAGUUAUUGGAAAGGAAAGUGUUUAACUGUAUGGAGUGCUCCUAAUUAUUGCUAUAGAUGUGGUAACCGUGCCAGUGUACUUGAGAUUUUGCAUUCAAAUUAUGAGAACAAAAAUGGCUUAGAGGAAGAUGAUAAGGAAGAAGACGCGUUCAAUGAUUAUGAUUUAGAUUCAUUCAAACUGAUUGGGAAUGAAUAUAAAGAUUUCAAGAGCCGAUUCAAUAAUGGUUCUAAAUUGCAUAAACAACAAGGGGUGUUACCAGGUCAAUUUUUCAAUAUCUUUGAGGCGUCCAAGGAGAAUGACGAAGAUACUAUUCAAGGUAAAAGUGUGAAUGGGAUUAAUUUUGAUGACGAAUAUUUGAUCAAAAAUGGUUCUAAUGGUGAUUUCUUUGCUUCAUUUUUCCAAGAACGCCCUACACGUACACAUGUUGAAUACUUUUUAUGA